GCUAAAUUCAAGAUGGCGACUGUGAGGUCAUCAUCUACGAGGAAAAGAACCAAACGCACAGAAGAAAUACCAGAGGAUGUAGGCUUACAAGCAAGUGGAUUCAAGUUCUCGCGCCAGAGUCGCUACCGAAAGGCUCCCCAGAAAAAAGGAACAGCAAAGAAAAGUGAACAGAAGAAAAGAAGAUCAAGCUUUGUUAGAGGGAGGAAGGAACGCAAGUCUCUUGUGUUUUCAUCUGCAAAGUCUGAGCUUUAUAAAGAGAUUCCUACUGAUUUGACACCUGAGGAAAGACUAAAAAAGUUAUUUGAAGCCUGUCUUAAGGGAGCAUUGGAGAAACUGGAGAACAAUCCAUUGCAAUAUGAAGUUGACAGUAUACCAAACUUUAAUGCAGAAGCAAAAGAAGUGUUCAGCCAUUUGCAAACAGUGAUAUCAGACAGCAAUAUUGUGAAUGAAGCUUUUAAAUCUGCUACCAGCAAAAUGAAGCAGAUACCCAACCCUAAAAAUGAAGAACUAGAGGCCAAAGCGGCAUCAAGGCUGGCUGUUACUGAAAGGCUGAAGGCAGAGAACAAGAAGUGGGAUGAAUUACUGUCCUCCCAUAAAAGCAAUAUGGAAAAAAAAGAUAGAGAAAACCAAGAAGAUGAUGUGAAAUCCACAGAUCAGUGUCCAGACUUCCUGUCCCCUGAACAGCACCAGCUGCUCUCUGGAAAGCCAUCAUUGAAAGGGGUAAUGGACAGACUUCAUGAAACAAAACUCAAAAUGAUAUUACAGGCAGAUGCAAUCGCCACAUCUAUAAAUACCAGUAAGGAGUAUGAAGCAGUCAGUGGCAGCUUCAUAAGCGAGCAAGUGAAAUCGUUUGCCGGCACAACGUUUGAGGCAGUUAAAGAGACAGGGACGCCUCGAACAGUGAUUCCUCGGUUACUUAAAAAGCUGUUUUAGACGUCAAUCCACCGUUGGAAAUCUUCAUUUUUUUCACACCGUAUUUUAUAUUCGUAUCUACGUUACUGAAUCACUGUGAACAUUUCUGACUAAUAACCGAUAGUUCUUCGCUUAUUGAAGAUAAACAUAUUUUGUUUUAGUCAUCAAACUGUAUAUAUUAUCACCUUUAGUUCAUCGCUCUAACGAAGGGCUAACGCCAAGGUGGCCAGUUUACAUUAUCUACUCAGUUGAAAGACCAACUAUCUUGAAAUACCCCUGCCCACCCCUCCGACGCAGCACUGUAGUUUCUUCAAAAACUCAACCCCCCCAAAGUGUAUAUUUCGCUUUAGCUUCGUUAGUCUGUACUGUAAAUCGGCCAAGGUUGUCGAGCAAAGAGGUCGACUGCAACCUAAGCGGGGCAACAGGAUUCUUGAAUCAUUGAAGAGUAUGUAAAACCUCCUAAUUCAAGUGAGGGGAAAGUACGGAUCUGAAGAAUCAACACGGCAUGUGUUUCUUUGUGCUUAACCAACAAAAUAUAUUUUUCAAUAAAACACAGCGUGAAAGUCAACAUGACUGUCAGGUUAGCCUGGGAGAAGGCUGUCAUUAUUGCCCCCGCAUGUGGGCGAACGCUUGCUCGAUACGAUCCGACGCGCAAGGCGAUUAUGCGAGAGGGACCAAAAAUUAGAGCCCUUACAGACAUCUUCGGGCUCAUAUCGCUCCACCCUUGUGUCCCGCGCCAGUGAGAAACCGCACAAGGCUACGGUUAGGCAGAUACCCAUUGUGCGACGCCCCUUAAUAAAUGCCAUCUACUAAAUACACGACAGAAAGACAGAAAUAAAAAAGAAACCAAUGUCA